GAAUUGUUUAAUUGGCAUAGUCAAAGGAUGUAUAGGUUGCAUAUAUAGAAAUCAACAGUUCCCAAGAGAAAACAUGAGAGCUAAUAAAAAAUUUAUCAAAGAAGACUAAUAUGGAGAAGGACGAUUUCUUGAGGAGUGGUCAUGGAAGAGAAGAAAGCCAUGAUGAGAUGAGAAAACUUGAUUCAUCUCACGAUGAUUCUCAUCAAGAACACGACCAUAUUAUAAGAUCCAAGUUGGACUCAACUAAAGUCGAAAUGGAUGAGGCUAAAGAGGAAAAUCGAAGACUAAAGUCAUCAUUGAGUAAAAUCAAGAAAGAUUUUGACAUCCUUCAAACACAAUACAACCAAUUAAUGGCCAAACAUAACGAACCAACCAAGUUCCAAUCAAAAGGGCAUCAUCAAGACAAAGGCGAAGAUGAAGACAGAGAAAAAGUUAACGAACGUGAAGAACUUGUCUCGUUGAGCCUAGGCAGACGGUUAAAUUCAGAGGUUCCAAGUGGUUCGAAUAAAGAAGAAAAAAAUAAAGAUGUUGAAGAAGCGGAAGGUGACAGAAAUUAUGAUGAUAAUGAAAAAAGCAGUAUUCAAGGGUUGAGUAUGGGGAUUGAAUACAAGGCUUUGAGUAAUCCUAAUGAGAAGUUAGAGAUUGAUCAUAAUCAAGAAACCAUGUCGUUGGAGAUUAGUAACAAUAAUAAGAUCAGAUCACAAAAUAGUUUUGGGUUUAAGAAUGAUGGAGAUGAUCAUGAAGAUGAAGAUGAGAUUUUGCCUCAAAACCUUGUUAAGAAAACUAGGGUUUCGGUGAGAUCAAGAUGUGAGACACCAACGAUGAACGACGGAUGUCAAUGGAGGAAAUAUGGCCAGAAAAUAGCUAAAGGCAAUCCAUGUCCCCGAGCUUACUAUCGUUGCACCAUUGCAGCUUCUUGUCCAGUAAGAAAACAGGUGCAAAGAUGUUCAGAAGAUAUGUCUAUACUUAUCUCAACGUACGAAGGAACACAUAACCAUCCACUUCCCAUGUCAGCAACUGCCAUGGCCUCUGCCACUUCCGCUGCCGCCUCCAUGCUUCUCUCCGGCGCCUCCUCCUCCUCAUCCGCCGCAGCUGAUCUUCAUGGCCUUAACUUCUCUCUUUCCGGCAACAACAUCACUCCAAAACCUAAAACUCAUUUCCUCCAAUCCCCUUCUUCUUCUGGCCAUCCGACCGUCACUCUCGACCUCACAACCUCCUCCUCGUCGCAGCAACCGUUCUUAUCAAUGCUCAAUAGAUUCAGCUCUCCUCCAAGUAAUGUCUCACGAUCUAAUAGUUAUCCUUCAACCAAUCUCAACUUUUCAAACAACACCAACACAUUGAUGAAUUGGGGUGGUGGUGGUAAUCCCAGUGAUCAAUACCGUGCAGCUUACGGCAACAUUAACACCCAUCAGCAAUCACCUUACCACAAAAUCAUUCAAACCCGAACCGCCGGGUCAUCUUUCGAUCCGUUUGGAAGAUCAUCUUCAUCACAUUCUCCACAAAUAAAUCUUGAUCAUAUCGGAAUCAAGAACAUCAUCAGUCACCAAGUGCCAUCUUUACCGGCUGAAACAAUCAAGGCAAUCACGACAGAUCCAAGUUUCCAAUCGGCUUUGGCGACAGCUCUAUCUUCCAUCAUGGGCGGCGAUUUAAAGAUUGAUCACAAUGUGACUAGAAAUGAAGCUGAGAAGAGCCCUUAAAGAGAAUUGUUAUAUAUAUGUUCUUAUAUACUCAGUACAUUGGUAAAUGGGUUUAGACUUUCACUAGUUUCCUAGUUCAUCUAUAUAUUGGUUGUUUAAUCACAAGUUUAUUUUGUUGUUGGAGUUUAUGGAACUAAUGUGUACAUAUGAAACUUUAGAACGAAUAAAUAAAACUUGGAAUUCCUUUU